AUGUCGGCCAAAGCCUUUGUUGAUGGACUUCUUCAAUCGCACAAAGUCGUCGUUUUCAGCAAAACCUAUUGUCCAUAUUGCCAUAAGGUAUAUUUGUAGUUAGGGAUUUUCCAAGAAACAAAUAUUCCAAAAAUUUCAGGCUAAAUCAAUUUUCGACAAUUCAUCAUUGAAAGCUGGAAGUUUGGAAUGGAUUGAAAUUGAUGAAAGAAAAGAUUGUAAUGAAAUUCAAGAUUAUUUGGGAGUUAGUUUAUUUUAUUUUUCUCUUUUCUUACCUAAUUAUUCAAAAAUGGUUUAUAUUUACAGAAAUUAACUGGUGCCAGAUCAGUUCCGCGUGUUUUCAUUGGCGGUCAAUUUAUUGGUGGAUGUGAUGAUACUGUAGCUGCACAUAAAAAUGGAAAACUCGCAAAAUUGUUGGCCGAAGCUGGAGCUGUUUAA